GACAUUCGACAAUCAAGACGCGAAACGCGAAUUUGCCAAAUAUCGGAAGAUGGCGACGAAGCAGACGAGUUGUCGCGCUGCUUGAUUUUUUUUAAUUGUCGUGGAGUUAUCGGCACUGACACGAAGAGAACCGAGAAGAAUCGGCGAGCAGCUUUUCUAUCACCAACUGUUGCUGCACAUCCGUCGCGUCGUUUGUCGUUUGGCCGUCGUUGUCCUUUUCUGCUGCACCUCCAUGAACCCCGCCGACAACCCUGCUGACGCCGGCCCGGCAGGCCCCGCACUGGCGGCCGUUCCGAACAGGCCCCCUCUCUACACCACUGGACUGGCGCCUAAGAAGAUCAAACUUCUGAGGCGUAAAUGCCGUGCCCCGUCCAACCUAGAGCUACGCAACAAAAUGAGGAAAUUAGACCUGAAGCAAGUGCUUCAGCUGAAUGGCCAAAAGUUCUUGUCAAGCCAGAACAAAGCCAGUUUGGUCCAGCAGGUCUUCAACCUGUUGCAGGAGGUCGACCGGUUCACUGAGCCGCCCCUUCACGUGUCUCUCACAAUGCCAAAGCCGCCCCUGUGAACCACCGCGGCCUGAGUGCCAGGGCCACUCGACUUCUCCGUAGCAAGACGCGGGGAAUGCCGCCUCUGAGUUGGAGUCCACUCUGAAAAAGAUGGAGCUACAGAUGGCCAUUAAAAUGAAUGGGCGUCGCAUCAAGACCACUUGGA